AUGUUACAUAUUUUGCUGGCAGGCAACAAGGCGCGCACGGUGGCGGCGACGAACAUGAACGAGACGUCGUCGCGCUCACACGCGGUCUUCACGAUGGUGCUCACGCAGCGUAGACAUGACCGCACUACAGACCUCUGGUCUGAACGCGUCUCAAAGAUCUCGCUGGUUGACUUGGCUGGAUCAGAGCGCGCCGAUUCAACAGGAGCUAAGGGCACGCGUCUCAAGGAGGGCGCUAACAUCAAUAAGUCCCUCACUACCCUCGGCAAAGUCAUCUCUGCCCUCGCCGAAGUUGCUUCCAAGCCGACGGGAAAGAAGAAGAAAGGAGAUCAGUUCAUCCCGUACCGAGACUCUAUCUUGACGUGGCUGCUGAGGGAGAACCUUGGUGGCAACAGCAAGACUGCCAUGGUGGCAGCCAUCUCCCCUGCUGAUAUUAACUAUGACGAGACGCUCUCUACACUCAGGUACGCGGACCGGGCAAAAGCNCAACACGACCAGCUCGUUGUUCGCCUCAAUGACUCUUCGCCUGCUGGGGCGGGGGUGUGGGGGCGGGGGUGUUCAAUGACUCUUCGCCUGCUGGGGCGGGGGUGUGGGGGCGGGGAUGGAGGCGGUUGA